UGUAACAAAGGUGAACUGUCAUAAAUAAAGGGUGGGGUGGGGCAGGCCUGACUCCCUGAGCUCAAAGGGAUUUCAUUCAGUUUGUUUCCCAUCAGCUUGGGAAAGCGCUGCAUGUCAUGUCCCUACUGCAUGUCAUGUCCCUACUGCAUGUCAUGUCUCUACUGAACUUUGGCACAUGAAGACUUGUCUUCAUGUGGCAGCUUUUAUGGCUGCUGACCCAGGUUUCUCCCACUUCGGAGUGGCCCAGAAACCCAGUCCAAUUGACUUCAGAGCCCCAGACACCAACCAUGCUCUGGUCUUGGCAUCCUUCUGAUAAUCAAUGGAAAUACCCCCAUACAUGAAAAUCCAGGACAGACGCAGGGGACAUCAAUUACCCGGGAUCCUCUGCAUCCUCAGAGAUGUCCACACCACUUGUGGAGUUGGCUGACAGUUUACUUGCUUACCAGGAUCCUAGUACUACGGAGUCGUCCACAGAGCCAGGUAAAUUCACUGUUUCACAUCAGGAUCUGCACAAGAAGAAAACACUGCCUGGGAAGCAGCCAGAGAACAUUUUAAUGCUAAAUGGAGAUCAAAUUCAGGUUCCUGUUCUGCCUUCACAGUUGAGAAGUACUGCCGGUCUAGAUCAGACUACAGAUCACCAGUUGUAUGAAAUACUUGUUCCAUCACUAGACAAGCAGAGUACAAAAGCAACAAAAUUCAUUGUUUCACCCCAGGACCUGAAGAAAGAUCUAACUCAGCACAGACCACUCGCUGAAGUAGUUGUUGGAAAAACUCAGCUUCAGAAACAAAUCUCGGAGGGUGAUUUUGAAGAUUCAAGUAUGAAUGAAGCUUAUUCGGAGAGCGUACCUCUGCAAUCCCAGGCAGACAUAGGUGAGCCUCCAGAACCCCCUGAGCAGUUUGAACCGUCCCACUUCCAGGUGAAGACCCAAACUCACCAUCCAGAUCAUUCCCAGUCAGAAACUCUAGACUAUCUUCCACAGCCCCCUGAUCAACAUCAACUACUUGAUUCUGAGGCAUCAAUGCAUCCUGAGAUAAAUGAUCCAUUUCCAAAUAGAAAUGAAGCUGAGCACUCAAACUGACCAAAUGUCACAGUGAAACGCACAGAUCUUGAGAUUAUGGUAACUUCAGAGGCAGAAAAAGAGGCCAAAGCCAUUUUGAAUCAGCAGCAGCAGGCUCCAGUCCAGCUUUCAGAGAGUCCUGAGGAGGUAGGACUCUCAUCAGUUCCACAAGAGGCCCCAGGUCAGACUUCAGAUUUUCCUGAAGACCUUGAAACUUCUGGACGUCAGCUGGAAGUUUCAGCUCUGCCUACAAAGCUCCCUGAAGAAGUCAGUGCUCCCGCUGAGCAAGAGGCUUCAGUUUCAGCUCCAGAUUCCUCUAUACAGAAUAUAGUCAAAACUCCAACAGCAGUUCAAACUCCCAGUCAGGAUCAAGUUCACCAUUAUACUUUUCCCACUAUUACAGUUAAGCCUGCAGAUGUGGAACUUACAGUAACUUCUGAACCUUCUCCCAGUGAACAGCAGCAGCCAGUUAAACUUUCUGAGUCUCCUGAGGAAGUUGAAUCUUCUGAAAGUUAUCUGGAGUUCCCAGUUCAGCCUCAAGACAAUGCUGAGGAAGUGGAGUCUUUUCCAACACUGCAGGAUGUUAUCCCAUCUCAACAUCCAGGCCCUCUUUUGGAGGAUGAAUCAUUUAGUGAACUAGAGCAGCCAACUCAACCUUCUGAGUCUCCAGAGGAAGUAGAAUCAGGUUCUGGAAACCAGCCAGAAGCCUCAUUUCAGCCUGAAGAGCACCCUGAAGUAAUAAAGCCUCCAACUGAGCAAGGGGCUCAUCAUUAUAACUUACCAAAUAUUACAGUUAGGCCUGUGGAUGUGGCACUUACCAUAACUUCACAGCCUACCAAGGAUAUUGAAUCAUCUCUGACCCAGCAAGGGUCCCCAGUGCAUCCUCUGGGGUCCUUUGAAGAGGUGGGAUCUUUUCUCAGAGGACAGGAGCAGCCAGCUUCUAAGUCUCCUGGAGAGAACCAAUUUGAGAGCCAGCUGGAAAUCCCAGUUGAAGACUCAGAGUAUGCUGAUGAGUUUGAACCUUCUUCAACGCAGCAGGAACAACCAGCUCAGCCUCCAGAGCUCCCUAGUGAAUUGGUAGUUCAACCUCCAGAACACCUUGAGAAUAUUGGACCUGGAACUCACCAUAACUCCAGAACCUACUCCAGAGACUCACCAUCCUACAUCACCAGCAUUACAUAUCAGCCUUUGGACCUGGAACUCACCAUUACUCCAGAACCUACUCCAGAGACUCACCAUUGUACAACAUCAUCCACUAUUACACAUCAGCCUUUGGACCUGGAACUCACCAUAACUCCAGAACCUACUCCAGACCCUCACCAUCCUACAACUGUGGAUCUGGAACUUACUGUAACUACACAACCUACUUCUGUGGGAGAACUGUCUCAGACUGUGCAGGAAACAACAACUCUUCAUAUAGAAUUACCUGAAAAAAUUGUGACUGAAGCCCCAGUGUAUCAAGAGGUGACAUUUGCUACACCAAAUCAGGAUCAACAAAAAUAUUUGACUGUGGAACAAAAUGCCUCCAUGACUACCAACACGUGUGCACUCUGUACCUGCCAAAAUGGGACACUGUUUUGUAUUGAUCUCAGCCCAGCGCAGCGGCUCCUCCAAGUGCCUGUGCCAGAACCCGGCACCUACAAUGGCACCUUCACCGUCUUAAAUUUCCAAGGAAAUGAUAUUUCUUAUAUUGACAAGAAGGUAUGGAAAGCACAUCAAUGGACUGAGAAACUAAUUCUCAGUGAGAAUCACCUGACUGAAUUACAUAAGGAGUCAUUUGAAGGCCUGCUGUCACUCCAGUAUUUGGAUUUAUCCUGCAAUAAGAUACACUAUAUUGAAAGAAGGACAUUUGAAUUGUUACCUUUUUUGAAGUAUAUAAACCUUGGGUGCAAUUUACUCACAGAACUGAGCUUUGGAACAUUUCAGGCAUGGCAUGGAAUGCAGUUUUUACAGAAUUUAAUUCUCAGCCGUAAUCCUCUGACAGUUGUUGAAGAUCCUUACUUAUUUAAGUUGCCAGCAUUAAAACAUCUAGACCGGGGAACAACACAAGUACAACUUACAACAGUUGAGAACAUCCUCAUGAUGGUUCUGGACCUGGAACAUCUGGUCUUACCUAGCCACAUGGCUUGCUGCCUCUGCAAAUUUAAAACUGAUAUUGAGGUUGUUUGCAAGGCAAUCAAACUGCAUUGUUAUAGUGGAUGUCUGACAAACCACACGCACUGUCCAACUGAUGCAGCUAUAGGGAACCCAGAAGGAGCAUUCAUGAAGGUGUUGCAGGCCAGGAAGGGGAACACCAGCACUGAGCUCACUAUUGAACCGGUAAGGGGAUAUUCAGAAAAGGAUGAUGGCACUUAUUCAGGUUUCAUGAAUGAACAGCUCGACUUUAACAAUGAAAGCGAUGUCCUUAGUGCACGAAAUUACAUAUUGCCAUAUUUCUCAGGGGGAAAUCUGGAAGAUGUAAUAUAAACACUGUUACCAUUCAUUAAACUGCAUUUUUCUAAUGUACAAGAUGCAGAUAAUUCUCUGGGAACGGUGAAAAGUGAUACAAAGAGUGCUCCUCUUAAAUAUGAAUCCAAUUCCAAUAACUUGAAUUACGAAAAUAAGUUGAAUAAGCUUUAUUUUCUAGAAAAUAUGUUAGAUGCAGAAAUUGAUGAAGUUAGAAAGAAGGAGAAAACCACCAUGCUUAUGCAGCCGUCUAGCCAUUUAGGGCCCCAAAUUAAAUGACACAUAUUUGAAAAAAGAUGGGAACCUGCCCAGGCAGAGGGACACAGUCUUGCAGAGAUUGAGAAUGGAAAGAGAAGGUUCCACAGGAUGAACAGAGUCCCCGGGGGACCAGGAAGUGUACACAAAAGGCACUUCAAGGAAGGAAGCAAAAAGAGCCUGUGGAGCAAACAGAGUGCCCCGCCAUCUCUAGAGAACAUUGCCAAAGACAGGCAGCUCAGGAGCCCCCCCCCCCCAAUGGAGCUGCAGCAGCCUGACCUGGUGCAGAAGCCCAGGAGGUUAGUGGGAAACUCCUUCUAUCCAGAGCCCUCACUUCCAAGGGAACAGGGCGUAGCAGUCUCUUCUUCCCCACAAUAGUACCUGAUGGGAAAGUCUUCUCAUUCAAAAUAUGAGUUCAUAAGCAAAAGAACAGACUUGGCUUAUACCAUUUUUGUUUUAGAAAGUGCAAAUGCUAAUGUGAAAGGCAUGAAGGGUUCUAAACCAGCUUUACAGUCUGAAAAAAGACAUCACAGCCUUAGGAUGAAAAAAUCACCUUUCCAGUUGAUUGCAAAGAGGCCAGCUUCCUCUGCAGUGACGAGCCUCAUCAAUUCCCCUGCACAAGGUGUCUUUUCAUCUUUAGAAGACCCGAGUUCUGCAGAAAACCCUUUUCCAGAAUUAUAUGCUGUCUCAGCACCUUCUACAGAAGAAACGCCUGACAAAGAUCAAGCUGAAAAAAAUGAUAUUCAAGAAAAUGUCCUAUCAAACAUCCCUGAGUCAGAAGAAACUAUAUCAGAAAAUGCAGCCCUCAAGAAUCCUGCUGCAGAGUCUGCUGGGCCUAUAUCCAGCUUUGUUCCAACUGUUCAAAAAGCUGGUGAGACUCAGCCAGGAUUCUAUAUCGUAGGCAGUGACUCACACACCCCACCCAUCCAUGCUGCUUACCCAGCGCUGUUAUCACCAGGUGAACAUUCUGAAUCUCAGCUGAACCAGCAGCUGAAGCCCCUCAUCCCCAACAACAACGUGAGAAGGCUCAUUUCUCAUGUUAUCAAGACUUUGAAGAUGGACAGCUCUGAGACCCACGUGCAAUUGUCCUGUGCCAAGCUCAUCUCCAGAACAGGCCUCCUAAUGAAGCUUCUCAGUGAGCAGCAGGAAAUCAAGGUAGCCAGGACUGACUGGGACCAGUGAAAAACUGAGAACUACAUCAGUGAGAGCACAGAAGCCCAGAGCGAACAGAAGGGGCUGGAGUCAGGUCAGCUCACAAAGGAGGUUCCAGGAUACGGCUCUAAGAACAAAGUCAUCUUAGCGAUAUCUGUGACUGUAGUAGUGAUGGUUUUGAUUAUCAUUUUUCUGUCUCAUUGA